AUGACUUGGGAGACUAUCGCUGCUCAGAAACGCCAGGCCCUCAGGGCUACGAUCCCCGCAGAGUGGGUGAUUCCUUCAGACCUUCUUCCUCCUGAUAGUCAGUUGGACGUGACGAACUUUCUCAAAGAGUCCGGCUGGUUUACCAAGAGAGAAUUGGAGAUUACUUCGACUCCAGCAUCCCAACUUCUUGUGAAUAUAGCGACUGGCUCGUGGACAUCGGAGGCGGUUACCCGCGCAUUUUGUAAAGCUGCUGCUGCUGCUCACCAAUUGACCAACUGCCUGUCUGAGAUUCUGUUUGACAAAGCUAUCCUUCGCGCACGCGAAUUGGACGAGUAUCUCAGAACAACUGGCAGGACCAAAGGUCCUUUCCAUGGUCUCCCAAUCUCAAUCAAGGACAACUUCAAUAUCAUCGGUCAUGAUUCUACCGUCGGUUUUACUUCACUAGUCAAUGACCCCGCUACGUAUAACAGCACCCUCAUCGACCUGCUACUUGACACCGGAGCAGUGCUCUACGUGAAGACCAAUGUUCCCACUGCUAUGAUGAUCGCCGAGUCAGUCAAUAAUGUCUUUGGUCGUACCGUCAACCCACGCAACCGUAACCUAACCUCCGGCGGUUCUUCGGGUGGUGAAUCUGCUUUGAUUGCAUUUGGAGCAAGCCGGUUGGGAGUAGGAACCGACAUCGGAGGCUCACUGCGUAUCCCUGCUGCCUGUACGGGUAUAUUUACAAUCCGACCAUCCGCUGGGCGAUUUCCCAAUUUUCAAACCCGCUCUGGUCUCGCCGGUCAAGAGGCCGUCAACAGUGUCAAUGGGCCCAUGGCUUCGACUUUGGCCGAAAUCUCUCUCUGGGCUAAGACGAUUGUCGACCAGCAGCCUUGGGUCCGAGAUCCCAAGUGUCUUCCCAUCCCUUGGAGGACGAUCACUCCUAAGCGCAGACUGAAGAUCGCGGUCCUCUGGCAUGAUGGUAUUGUCACUCCGACGCCACCAGUUGCCCGUGCCUUGAAAGAAACGGUUGCCAAGCUGCGGGAGGCUGGCCAUGAGAUAGUCGAUUGGAAAACAACAUGGCACGAUAGACUGCUGUCUAUCUUGUCACGCAUGUUCGUGGCAGACGGUGGGAAAUCCGUUGCCAGUCUUCUCAAGCCAACGGGUGAACCUUUCCGUCCCGAGAUGAAAGCCUAUGCGGAGGCAGAGGAGAUGGGUGUUCACGCUAUGUGGCAACUUCAGCUAGAGCGUAACGGGGUGUGCAAGUCAUAUCUUGACCAGUGGAAUGAAAGUGGCAUUGACGCUUUACUUUGCAAGUCUCCCUCCUGUCCUACGACACCCUAUAGCGGUGUUGAGAAUGGCAAAUUCGCCUAUGUGGGAUAUACAGGCGUUUUUAACGUUCUAGAUUACCCUGCGGUCUCCUUCCCUUGCGGUGUGUAUGCUGACAAAACGAUCGACGGGGCCUAUGACGGUAAUGAUCCAUUGAGUGGAGUUGAUGCACAGAUACGGACUGAUUACAAUGCGGACAACAUCCAUGGAAUGCCAGUCAGUCUUCAACUAGUUGGCCGACGACUAGAGGAGGAGAGCGCUUUGAUGAUGGCUGAAGUGGUUCUGCAAACAUUACAAGGAUAA